CAUGACUUCCCACAAUUCGUUUCCAUGUUCCGAAAACACCGCUCGUAAAUCGUAAAAUGCAAAAUGCAAUAGCUUUGGCUUGCACGUGACGCUAAAACUAAUAUAUGUAAACGGUAUACCUGUGCAACGCGUAAAGUGUUUAAUUGAAAAUCUCCCCUUAACUCGACAAAUAUCACAAUCCUGCGAGACACAAUAAAAACAUCCACGGAUACAACAGCGGCAGCGACAGCUACGGCAGGAAAAGUCGACACCGUAUAAGGGGAAAAAGAAGAUGCCCGACUUCUAUGAGCUUCUCCAAGUGACAGAGACGGCCAGUUUUGAAGAGAUCAAAGGCAGCUACAAACAAUUGAUACUACAAUGUCAUCCCGACAAACUACAGCAGCAUGAUGUGACUGACCCAAAUCGGGAAUUCUUGGGUGAGGAGGAGCGGAGAGAUCAGAACCUGAGCGAUUUCAAUGCCAUAAAUGAGGCCUGGAAUACGCUUAAAGAUCCCAUCAAGCGUAAACACUACGAUGCCGAAUUGCUGCAGUCCAAAUUUCAAGCGCACAGCAACAUUUAUGCCCACAUAACGACUAGCGACAUGGAAAGCAUCCAACUCGAAGUCACGGAAGAUGGGGGCGAGGCAGACGGUGACGCAGACGCAGACAAAGAGACGGCAACAGUAUGGACCUAUGCGUACGAAUGUCGCUGCGGCGGACAAUAUCUGCUCGACGAAGCCAGAGCCCUCGAUGAGUCAACCGAACAAAGCGGGCUGGUCACAAGUGACGCGAUUGUGGAGUGCAGCGAGUGUUCUUUGGUGAUUGUUGUGAAACCAUCUCCGACGAUGUCUGAAUAAACGAAUAACGAUGGAUAAACGAUAA